AUGUCUUGCAACAACGCCACUGUUCUUAACAGAAGCUGUGACACGUCUCAUUUCAGAUACCCGCUGUUCGCAGGAACAUACAGUGUUGUGCUGGCGCUUGGUCUACCGCUCAAUACCGUGGCUCUGUGGACGUUUGUUUGCCGCCUGGGUUUGACAAGAUCUGUGCCAGUCAUCUACAUGGCCAAUCUGGCCAUGUCUGACCUGCUGUUCAUUCUCUCCUUGCCUCUGAGAAUUUUCUACUUUUCCACGGGACGCUGGCCCCUUGGAAACUUGGCCUGCAUGAUUCCGGGGACCCUGUUCUCAGUUAAUCUCUACUCCAGCUCCCUCUUCAUCACCUUCAUCAGUGUGGACCGGCUGCUGGCCGUGGUGUACCCGUUACGUUCGCGCCCGCUGAGGACGGUGCCCAUCGCCUGGACGAUCUGCACCGUCGUGUGGCUGGCGAUAAUCGCACUGGCCGUUCCCAUCGCCAACAACCACCCUGCCAACUGGGACAAACACUGCGAAGUGUGGCGCUGCUUUGAGAACUACACGGAAGCUGAGUGGCACUUUGGCUUCUACAUCCUCUGUCUGGUCACGUUUCUUGGCAUUCUGGUGCCGUUUGUUAUCAUUGUGGGCUGCACUGUGGCGGUGGUCAAGGAGCUCAGGAGCCAGAAUGCAUCUUCGUCCUCUUCAUCCACAGCCGAGACACUGUUGAAAAGGUACAAGAUGGUGAAGCUGUUUGUGUUCAACCUGUUGAUAUAUGCUGUGUGUUUUAUCCCAUUUCAUGUGGCGUUCAUCUUGUACGGUCUACACAAACUUUGUUUCCUCAAAUAUAACUUCUUUGACUUUCAAACCAUCACUCUUUGCAUGGCCAGUUCCAACAGCUGCCUGGAUCCACUGAUCUACUAUUUCAGUGCCAUGUCAGUUCAGAGGCAAAACUAUAAGGUGGCCCAGAGCUCAUGCUGA